CAUACACCACAAUUCAACAAUUCUUCACAAGUUUAAACUUCAAACACUCCCUCCCUUUCCAAAAACACAUAAAAUUACAUAAAUGGCUCCAACAAUGGCCAUGUAUUCAUCAGAAAACAACAGCAAGAAACACAUAAAACCCAUAAAUAACGCCACCAAAAAACAUGGCAGCGGGGAGAAAGAGGAAAAAGAUGUGGAAGUUUCUAGAAGAAGAGAGGAAGAGUUAGAGAGAGAAUUAAAGGAGAGUUUAAAGAGAGAAGAGAAGCUGAGAUUUGAACUCCAGAAAGUUCUAGAAAGAGUGAGAGUUGCUGAAGAAGCUGAAGAGAUGCUUUGUGCACAAUUAGGAGAACUUGAGGUUGAAUCUGUCGAACAAGCGCGUGAAUAUAACGCGCGUAUUGCUGCCUUGAUGGAUCAGCUUUCUCAUGCUAAUAAGCUCCUCCAAUCUGCUUCCAUCCCUAUUCACCAAUAAUUUUUUUCUUUUGUUGUAUUUUUAUUUUUAUUUUAAUGGUGGAUAGAUCAUAAAUAUGGUUCAGGGAGAGUUUUGUAAUUAGAUAAGCCAAUGAGUUUGGCUUAAAGCAAGAAUAUGUAAGAUGAACUAUCAAUACUAUAUGAAUAUAUAUUAUUCCUAUGAGUUUUUGUAAAACUUGUGUUGUCUA